AGCGAUUGGCUAGUUCAAGUUAGCAGCCAAUAUGGCGGGGUACUCGAAUAUCAACAAUCUAGCAGUUGACCUUGAAACGUGAAAGAUAUUACUUAGCUAAUAUGUGUGGAAACAAGAGCCCAUGUUCGCUUUAAUACGGUUUUUGUAGCUCGUGCAAGCUUAUUUAUUAAAGGCAUGAAUUCAGAGGUGACUGCUCGCGGUACAAGAAGAAAGUUAUUGGAACCAUCACCAUCAAUAUCACAGUCCACAGGGUCUUCAGCAACUCCAAGUCUUGAUGGACGCAUGACUGUCUGCAAGGGCCAGACAGUGUAUGUGUACACUUCAGACAAUGCCUGGGAAGAAGCUAUUAUUACUGGAGUUGACCACAGCAAAAAAACGGUGUUAGCUCGCUUAGAAACAUCAUAUAAGGUGGUUCAGUGCAGCCAGAAUGAUAUUCUACUGCGUUCAGAGCAGAGUCUGUAUGACUGCACUAAUCUUACACAUGUUACACCUGUUCAUGAAGCUUCAGUACUUGCCUGUCUUUAUGAACGGUUCACCACCUGUAAAUACUACACCAAUGCUGGAACCACUGUGAUUGCCGUUAACCCAUUCUGUGAUGUCAGUUAUCUCUACACCCCUGAACAGAUCAAAGCCUACCAUGAUAAAAAUAAAGAUCUUCCACCACACAUAUAUCCAAUAGCAGAAUUAGCCUACACUAAUCUGAUGCGAGAAAUGGGUUGUCACAGGCAAUCCAUUGUCAUCAAUGGUGAAAGUGGUGCAGGCAAGACUGAGACAGCCAAACAUCUCUUGAAAUACUUGACUACAGUUUCAAGUGUACCAGCAAAAGAAUCUAGUGCCUACAGAGGACGGAAAAUAGAGCAGCGCAUUCUAGAUUCAAAUCCAAUUCUGGAAGCCUUUGGUAAUGCAGCCACACCACGAAACAACAACAGCUCCAGAUUUGGAAAAUUUAUCGAAUUACAGUUCACGCGAACAGGGCAUAUGAAGGGAGGCACAAUUCAGACAUACUUGCUUGAGAAAACCCGUCUUGUGCACCAAGGCUCAGGAGAAAACAACUUUCAUGUCUUUUACCAGAUCACCAGCAUGUCACCUGAAGAUCAUCGCCAUCCAAACUGGCUGCUAAAUAUCAAGAAGGAGAUUGCUGGGACCUCAUUCUCUGGUGUGCCAUGUAAUCAGGAUUACACUGAAAAUUCUGAUAUUAUGGAGACACUUGAUGCUAUGACAGACAUUGGUGUGUCACAAAAUCAUCAGAAUGCCAUUGUAGAGGUUCUUCUGGCAAUUCUUUACCUGGUCAACCUUCAAUUUAUACCUUUAUCAGAUGACAGCAGUGGUUUAGAUCGCAAGCUAGAAACAGAGAAAGCACUAGAGAGGAGCUCUCAGCUACUAGGUUUGAGUCCCACCUCCCUGAAAGAGGCACUUUUACACCGCAGCAUCACCGCAGGUGGGAGAACACGGGAUAAUGUGUUUCUCAAGCCGGUUAAUGUUGGUGAAGCCCGCAGUCGACGAGACUGCAUCACCAUGCUACUGUACUCCAAACUUUUUGAGUGGCUAGUGAGAUUCAUCAACCACCGGAUACAGUCCGAGGCAUACAAUAUGACCAUCGGACUGCUAGACAUCUACGGAUUUGAGGCCUUUGCAUCCAACAGUCUGGAACAAUUGUGUAUCAACUAUGCUAAUGAGCGUCUUCAGCAACACUAUGUCUCAAACUUUCUUCAGCAUCUUCAGACAGAGUAUGAAGAUGAGUGUAUUACCUGGAUACCAAUUAGUGUAAAUGACAAUCAGUCAUGUGUGGAUCUUCUGGAUGGAAGAUUGAGCAUUUUCAGCAUUCUGAAUGAGGAAGUAUACAUGAAUAGAAAAAUUAAUGAUGCAACAUUGAACGACAGAAUUCUGAAGCUGUGCAUGCCAUUCACAUUUCAUCUGCGACCAGCCAGGCUGCCAGCUUCAGGUGUUUCUUGCUUUGUGGUCCAGCACUAUGCUGGUGAAGUCGUCUACUCUGCCCAUAACCUUAUCACAAAAAAUAAGGAUGAUAUUCCAGAAGAUUUGGUUCGUCUCCUGUCUGUAAGUGAAAAUCCCUUUGUUCAAGAGUUGUUUGCAAACCUUGUCAACACUGAUUCACCUGGCAAGAAAAAAAAGACAGUACUCAUCAAGUUUAAGAGCUCCCUGGAUACUCUUAUGAGGUCUUUGGAAGAGUCGGAUAUCCACUACAUUCGCUGUGUCAAACCCAAUGAGAGCAACUCAGCCAGCAAGUUUGAGCCACCUUUUGUCCUCGGUCAACUACGUGCUUGUGGAACGGUGGAAACUAUUAAUAUAUGUCGGCAUGGCUUCACAGCGAGGAUGCCAUACCCAGAGUUUAUUCAACGCUAUAGCAUCAUCCUACGAAAAAUGCCCACGCACACAGCAAAUAGUUCUCAGGGUGAAGCAAGCCACUUGAGUGUUUGGGUGUCAUUGGAUGCUUUACUUAUGCAGCAGAUAAAUCUUGCAAAAUCACCUAACCCUACACCAACAAAAAGACAUCGUCGCCGAUCAGGUCUGACACAGCAUGACCAUGCCCGCAAGGUGUGUGGCGCUGUGCUGCAGGCCGUUCUAGGUGACCAAAACAAGGAAAGCCUCACCACUCAGUUCGGUCGCACAAAAAUCUUUCUCUUGGAAAAUCAGCUGGAGUUGUUGGAGCAUGCACGCAUGGAGGUGAUCAACGACUACGCUUCUGUGCUGCAAUCAGCUUGGAAGUGUUUCUGCUGUCGCCGCAGAUUUAGACAACACAUGGCAGCUUUCAGGAUCCAACGAGCGUGGGCUGCACACCUGACAAGGUUGCAGUUUCUUCAAUACAAGAAAGCGGCACUCACGAUCCAGAGAGCAUGGGCUACAUGUAUGGCCAGGAGGCAUUUUCUAAACCUCAAGGAAGCAGCACUUGUGAUCCAGAAAACAUGGGCUACAUGCAAGGUGAGGAGGCCGUUUCUCAAGCUCAAGGAAGCAGCAUGCAAGAUCGAGAAUGCCUGGAUCACACACUUAGCAAGAAAAAGGUUUCUUCUCCUCAAGGAAGCUGCAAAUAAGAUCCAGCAAGCAUGGAGUGCACACUUGGCAAGGAGGAGGUUUCUUCAGGCGAAGCGAGCAGCUCUUGUCCAACAACAGUAUACAAGACAAAAGUUGCGAAAACAACAGCAGCAGCAAGACUACAUCAAGGUUGUGAAGGGCAAACUCCAGUCUCCCCUUUUCACACCGCAUGACUCCGUGUUGGUACCAGCAGCUUCUAAGCUCUGCUCUUUGUCAGUGGAGUGUGAUGCCCCUCCUUUGUCCACAGACACUGUGGACUUUCCUCAAGAUCUUGACCUCAGUGGAAAUUUGUCGGACGACUCUGGGGUCAUGCUGCAGGAUCCCAGACACCAGGAGAGUCCUGCUCGAAGUGAGGCUGAUUCUCAGGUAGACGAGCUGGAACCCCCACAGAAGAAAAAACACCUUGCCAAGACACCAAUCAAGUUUGCAGAACUUCAUGGCUUUCAUUUGGGAGAUGGCAUAAUCAGCAGAUAUGGUAUUCCUACACAUGGAGUUCGCUUCCACACCAGAGCAAGUGUACUGAAGUAUGGACACAUAAUGAAUCGAAGAGACUUGCCUAAGGGGUUAUCUGAUGUUCUCCCACAGGGAGCAUCAGAUUCUCCAACUCGUAUGUGAUUUGCUCCAGAUUUUACACAAUCAAGGCCACAGUUGGCAAUAAUCUAUUAAGAAAGACUUUACAAAACCAAAAUCUUAUACUUGCUUACCAACAUUUGUUUUCUGUUUGACUUCAGAUUGUAAAUAUGUGUGGCCUCAGAGUAAUGGCAGUUUGGGAAUUGAAACAGAUUUGCCGAGGUUUUUCUAUCCAGGGACCAUAAACUGAACCUGAGUGUGUAUAAACAUGUUAAACUAUUUUUUACAAUAAACUCCUGAUUUUUAGUUGUAAACAAAAACCACAGCUGUUGUUCCCAGGGGCAAGUCUUUCUUGCACAGAAAGGAUCUCCACAAUACAAGUCUUUACAGACAAUAUUAUUAUUUUUCUGUUUAUAAUGGCCUGCCUUUUAUAAUUCCUUGUUGCUAAAGAGGGAAGGUAAAUCUCCAGGCUACUUCCAUAUACCACAGUGGGUCAGAUGAUAAGGAAUGCUGUGCAGUGUACCCUCUGUUUAUCAGCUGCCUGUGGCAUUGAUGAUUGUUAAGUGAUCAUUUUUUAUCCAGUAGAAUGUUCAUGUGAUGACAUUGGUACUUCUUCAGGAGCACCAAAAACAAGCCAUAGCCCUAGUUCUGUGCAAGCAUUGAACUUUUUUUCCCCCCUCAUUGCAUUUAAACAUCAUUUCUGGCUCGAGAUGUCUAAGUUGUAGGUUCAUAUCUGAAGCAUUAUAGUCAGGAAAUUUAUGAAAUUACAACUUUAUAGUGUAACUGUUACUCUGUGUUCUAGGGAUGGUUGUGGACAGGUGAUAAAUAUAAAUGGAUCUGUAUAACAGCACUGUUCAGCACAAUGAGCUGAUCAUAAAUGGCAAGAUGAAGUGAAUCUUAUAUCCACACUAUCAGUAGUUUCUGCAGUGAUAACAUGCCAGAAGAGUUGGGGGGGGGAUGCCUUUCUGUUUUCCACCACUGUAUGGUUGUGCCUGAGAAUUGUACAUAUGUAUGGUCAUAUCAGCCAACAAAUGUUGGCACAAUGGUGAGAAUGGCAAGUAGUGUUUAUACAUGUGAUGAGAGAGUUGCAAAAUGAUUGAAAGGUGGAUGGGGUGUGGUGCAAUCAGUCUGUGGUACCAUAGUAGUAAAUGGGGAUGAAACCUCUUUUGAAAAGAACAUACCAUAAAGAAGUGUGCUGUAACUGGAGAAAGACUGUGGUUAUGCACUGUUUAUCAAAUGUGUGACACUUGAACAUUCCCUGGAACUGGUUCUUCAGGAAAUAAUGCAGUGUGAAGACAGACGACUGGAAAGGCACCUGUACUUGCUUGAUAACAUCUCUAAUUCUUGUGACAGAUGAUUCUCCAUUGACAAUUACAGCUCGUCAUAUUUUUAUGCUAUUCAUCACCGGGGAAAAGAAUCCAUAAGUAAGCAGUAUGCGCUAGUAUACAAUCCUGUUUUUAUGUACCAAUUAUGACUAUACUAAUCAUUGAGUGCUGGAAGUGUUUUUCAACUAUAGGUUUGUUUUUUUGUUUUUAAACCCACCAUGAUAUUCUUAAGCAAAGUGCCUCAACUUGUCACCUAUAAAUGAGAUGGAAAAAAAAAAUCUGAUGAGUUUAUCAACGUGUGUCAGUAAAACUAUAUACAGAAUGCUGAAUUAAACAUAACUCCUCUCGCUGUCAA